CUGUGGUGACAUUUUGAUUAAAAUAUUCUCCCAAGUUGAAUAUCUAUCUCAGAGAGGAAACACAAAAAACUCCCAAUACAUACAAGAAAGGUACCAAAAGGAGCCGAGAAUAUCUUGGAGAUAAACCUGUAAUGGUAACUUCAACGGUGGAAGCCUUGAGCCCUGAAGACGGCGAGCGAGUUCUCUUCACAAGAGACAAACACUACGCGAUGCAUGGUGAGAUCUUGAUGAUGGUUCUUGUGGUAAGCUUCGCUGCUUUCCUCUUGUUCCUCGCCUUGCUUCCUUGUCUUAAGCGUCGUUACGCUUACAACUCCGACCUGUCUGAAGAAGACGCUUCAUGGAGCGGAAGAGUCAAGUCAGCACCUGUCCCUGUUAUAGUAGUAAGCAAACAUUCUAUUUCGAAGUAGCCACAGGCCAAACAAGAAACAAGCAUGUAGUGAGUUUCUAGUUAACCAAAAAAAAUUGUAGAAGCGUAUGUUAGUAGUACACUAUAUCUCUUCACUACAUUACAACAUUGUACCAAACUGCAAUUGCAGCCGACAAAUAAGAUCCUGGACAACAUCAACAAUUUGAUGUCUUUUCACUAA